UUUGGUUUUUGGAUCUUCAUUAAUCACUCAUGUUUAACAGUAUCUAUUUGAAUUAUUGGCCAAUCUUCAUUAAACUAAUAUCAUGAAUAAAUCUAUUAAUUCUUAUUGUGAUACUUCAUAUAUAAGACUAACAUAAACUUUGUUUUUAUCAGCAGGCUUCCAUUGUAUUGGAACUAUGAUCAACAAAACCAAUUUUUAUUUUCAAGAUUUAUCCUUUUUUAUGUAGCCCAUAAGCAAGUUAAAUUUUACAAUAUAGAAAGUUUUUCUUAAGAUAAUUUCAAACUAAAUCUAUGUUGAACUACAGAUCUAUCUUUCCUGGCCACUGUUAAAGUCAACGAAAUUUUUUGGGCCAGAAGCCACAAGAGAGUUGACUUUGAUCGCGUUGACGAGUUUUCAAUCAUAAAAGCAUAAUCAAGUUAACAUAGUAAGAGAAUUAUAAUUAAUGUAAUAUUCAAUGGUGCCAAAAGAAAGUUCAAUAAAAGAGUGUACCGACCAUAUUAGAAAUUAAUCUCGAAAUUUAAUAAUGAACUGAUGCAAUUUUCAAGUUCGUCACCUCAGACGGAAUGGUUCAUGACAGACUAACAAAUGAUAUUUUAAUUUUAUUAGAAUGAUAAUUGAUUUAUAUUCUUCUUGUCACAGAUAAUUUAUUUGUAUAGAUAACGUCGAAGACGAGGUUACAUAAUAUAUAAUCUGCAGUUCACUUAGAUUAAUCAUACAUCGUUUGGUCAAAUGUCAUUUUAUAUUUUCGCAAGAAUUAUCUGGCCGGUUAAUCAAAGCUAUGCAUGCAUGUAUACAAGGUUUAUUUAGCUAAGACUCGAACCUGAAUUUUAUGGAUUCAAAUCUAGAUUUUGUGAAAUAAUAAUGUGACUGGUAAAAACUAAAGAUAUGGAGUUGCAUUAUAAAACUUCAGUCAACGAUUUGGCAAACAUUUUAUAUAAGCACUAACCUACCUAAAUAUUCACAGUGAAAAUUUUGGGUAUUAAUAUAUAGGAGUUGAGAAGACCAGUUAAGAAAAAAAUAAUAAUUUAUGAAACAUAAGCAAUCUACUCCUAUAAAGUCCAAUGAAUACUGUCUUAAAGUUUUGCUAAGAACUGUAUUACCAUGAGAAUGACCGGUUUCAUAGUAGCUGUGAUGGUGACAGCAGUGAUAUUCGUCAUUUGUGUUGAUGGAAACGAGUUCUUUGAUCACCGCGAAAUUAAAGUACUUCGACAUUUGAAACGGUUCAACAAGCCUACUGUUAAAUCCAUUAAGAGUGAAGAUGGAGAUGUAAUAGAUUGUGUUCCUAUCACUAAUCAACCGGCUUUUGAUCAUCCUUUACUUAAAAACCAUACCAUCCAGAUGAGACCGAGUUUCUACCCGGUAAGUGAUUCUACAUACACCAAGAAAGAGGCAAAGGCUAUAACUCAGGUUUGGCACAAGACUGGAGAGUGUCCCAAAAACACUGUUCCAAUCAGAAGAACAAAGAAAGAAGAUCUUUUAAGACCAAAAUCCAUCAGGAGUUUUGGGAGAAAGUCACAUCAAAGCAUCCCACGAACUACAACCUUUGAUCCAACAUUAGGUCAUCAGUACACCUUGAUGGGUGUGAGGAAUGGAAAAUUUAUGGGACUUGGGUACAUACCUUUUCCCUCAAGUUACCUCUCCAUUUAACCCCGGA